AUGUUAUCAUAUUUUGGUGAUGCCCGAGUCCCACAAAGUGGUGGUGGUGGUGGUGGGGUUUCUUCAAGUGGUGAUAGUGGUGGGGGUGGAGAUGGAGGUGAUGCUUCUUCAAGUGAAACAAGAGUGAUGGAGGAGGAGGUGAAAUUGAGUAGUGGUAUGCAGAAUAAGUCACCACCCAUUAAAACAAUUCCAUCCCCCACAAGAUAUGGUCCUGAGAAAGGUUAUCUUAUUUAUGGUGAUGCCCGAGUCCCACAAAGUGAUGGUGGUGGGGCUUCUUCAAGUAUUGGUGGUGGUGGUGGUGGGGUUUCUUCAAGUAGUGAUAGUGGUGGUGGUGGAGAUGGAGGUAAUGCUUCUUCAAGUGAAAACAAGAGUGAUGGAAGAGGAGGUGAAAUUGAGUUGUGGUAUGCAGUAAAAAUUAAGAAUAAGUCAUCACCCAUUGAAACAAUUCACUCCCCUACAAGGUGCUUAUCUGAUUUGGUGGCGUCAAAGAGCAGGGAGGAAUUAUCACCACCGUGA